UAAUGUAAAAAGAUAUAAGUGGGCUUUUGUUUGAAAGAAAAAGCACAUAAACACAAACACAUGUUCUUCGUUGUAGCUUCCUUGGGUUAAAACUUUUCUCCUGCUUUAAAGAAGUCAAAGCUCCAAAAAAGACCCCCCAGCAGAAAUGGAGAAUCUACCUCCUGGUUAUCGUCCCAAUGUUGGUGUUUGUCUAAUCAAUUCUGAUAAUCUGGUAUUUGUGGCUUCAAGAUUGAAUGUUCCUGGAGCAUGGCAGAUGCCACAGGGAGGCAUUGAGGAUGGAGAGGAUCCAAAGUCAGCAGCCAUGAGAGAGUUACAAGAAGAAACUGGGGUCGUUUCAGCUGCAAUCAUCGCUGAGGUUCCAAAUUGGUUGACAUAUGAUUUCCCACCGGCAGUAAAAGCAAAGGUUAACCGUCUCUGGGGCGGUGAAUGGCAUGGUCAGGCGCAGAAGUGGUUCCUAGUGAGACUGGUGAACGAUGAGGACGAAAGAGAGAUCAAUCUAGCGAACAAUGAAGCGGAUUCAGAGUUUGCAGAGUGGAAAUGGGCGAACCCGGAAGAAGUGAUAGAGCAAGCAGUUGAUUACAAAAGGCCUACAUACGAACAAGUCAUCAAGUCUUUUGGUUCUUACUUGAAUAAUUCUGAAAGAGCUGCUAAAUGUAAAUCAGCCAAGUGGUAA